GACAGUUCCGAAUCGCGCACACGUCAUGGAACUUCGAUAAUGCAACCCGCCAUGAGGGCGACUUCUCUCAGCCUGCUUCGGACGGCUACGCGAUGCAGUCAACCGCAAGCAAACGACAUCCGCCGUCGCUCAGCACAAUGCGCUAUUCGCUAUACUUCGUCAUUGACGUCGACAUCUUCGGGCGCAGAGCGGAAAUGGUCCACGCCAUUGGCUAAGAUGCUGGGUGAGGCCAUCACAACAACAGGCCCAAUAUCCGUCGCUGCGUACAUGCGCCAAUGCCUCACAGCACCCGAAGGUGGUUAUUAUACACGACAGACCAGCGCUGGUCAGGAUCAAUUCGGCACGACAGGCGACUUUGUUACAUCCCCCGAGAUUAGUCAGGUAUUUGGUGAGCUGAUUGGCAUCUGGAUCUACGCGGAAUGGCUGGCACAAGGCAAGAAAGAGAAAGUACAGAUCAUUGAGGUGGGGCCGGGAAGAGGAACGUUGAUGGAUGAUGUUCUCCGGACAAUCUCCAGCUUCAAAGCCUUCGCGAACAGCAUCGAGGCUAUAUACCUUGUUGAGGCGUCACCACAUCUCCAGAAACAGCAGGGCAAGCUUCUUGCGGGAACAGAAGAGUUACAGAAGAGUGACAUUGGACUGACCGCGCCGUUGAAGUACAUCCCUGGGGUGAACAUACAAUGGUGCGAGGACAUUCGGUUUGUGCCAAAAGGCAUGAGACCUCGUCGCCUUUCAUACUCGCCCACGAGUUCUUCGAUGCGCUUCCCAUUCAUGUCUUCCAGAACAUCGCGCAGUCUUCGAUACCAGCAUCCUCCAUGAUCAUGACACCCACCGGACCAAUAAAGCCUAAACACGGCGCAACAGUACCCAAGAAUACAUGGCACGAGUUGGUGGUGUCACCUACAAAUCCUUACUCUUCCGCUGGAACCAUCACUACAACAUCGUCGACAUCUACAAAGCAGGAAGAGAAGCCAGACUUUGAAUUGACUGUGUCAAAGACGCCUACGCCACACUCUCUGUACUUGCCAAAAAAGUCUGAUCGUUACAAGAAGUUGGAGGAUACCAAUGAUGCCAUCAUUGAGAUCUCGCCAGAAUCAAUGGCGUACAUAUCAGACUUCGCUGUUAGGAUAGGUGGUGACAAUCCACCAUCAAAAGCAGAACCUACAUCGAGCUCAGCAAAACUCCAAAGGACAGAACCGGCUCCAUUCUCUAAGCCUCAGCCUGCUGGCGCCGCCCUCAUUCUCGACUACGGCCCGGCUAAUACCAUCCCAGCAAACACUUUCCGUGGCAUUCGAGGUCACCAGACCGUCUCGCCUUUCACAUCGCCAGGCCUAGUAGACCUUUCCGCGGAUGUUGACUUCCUUGCCUUAGCUGAGUCUGCACUUGAUGCCUCACCAGGCGUGGAGGUACAUGGACCAGUAGAACAGAGUUUCUUCCUGUCCACCAUGGGUAUCAAGGAACGUGCUGAACGAUUAUUGAAAGGCGCCAAGGACGAGGCAACAAGGCAGAGACUAGAGACGGGAUGGAAGAGGCUCAUCGACCGUGGCCCGAACGGCAUGGGGAAGACAUACAAGGCUAUGGCGCUUCUGCCAUACAUCAAGGGAUCGAAAGUUCGCAGGCCUGUAGGAUUCGGUGGCGAUAUCGCUGCCUGAAGUGGACACGAGCCGAAGCAACACCAAAACGGAUCCUUGCGGUGCGAAAAGCAGGCGCAGACGCCAAGUCCAUGUAAAACAGCAUUUGUGCAAGGUGCAAUGUAGCGAGAUCCAAUCGAGAAUCACCUGCAUGCAGCCUCGCGGCACAGUGGUUCCACUUGAUCUUCCCAACACAAGGCGCCCCCCUCACUGCACCGGCUGAAUCGAUCCUUUUCCUCUCUCCCAAAUUAUAA